AUCACUCUCUGCAUGCUCUACCCAAGUGUAAUUUAUGGUGGGAAAGUGCUUGUUCAUCCGGUGGACGGCAGCCACUGGGUGAACAUGCAAGUCAUUAUUGAGGAACUACAUUCAAGGGGCCACCAGGUUUCUGUUGUGCGAGCAUCAGACAGCUGGUACAUCAAGGAAAACUCCCCAUUCUAUACUUCAGUUACACUCAAUAUUAAGGGUGGAUUUGAUCAAGACUUUAUAUCUACAUUUGUGGCCCAGUUGUUCGAAAUCCAGAUGGAGGGAAAGUCUGCUUGGACACGUUUUAAACUGGAAAUGGAACAAGGACAAAAGGCUGCUGAGAUGCAUGAGAAAACGUGCGAAAUGCUUGAGAUGCUUUUUGAAGACAAAGAUUUGAUACAGUCUCUACUGGAUGCAAAAUAUGACCUUGUCCUGGCCGAUCCUGCUAUACCAGGGGGGGUUGUGCUUGCCCACUAUCUUAAGCUGCCUCUUGUUUUCAAUGUGAGAUGGACUAGUAACGGUGAAGGCCAUUUUGAAAUUGCACCCUCUCCUCUCUCUUACGUUCCACUAACAGGGACUGUUUUAUCAGAUAAAAUGACCUUUCUUGAGAGACUUGUCAAUGUAAUUGCUUUUGGCUUCACACAGCUUCAAAUUGAGUACUACAUCACACCACUCUAUGCUGGCUUAAUUGAAAAGUAUUUAGGUCCAGAUGUAGACUACCACUCAAUGUUUCAGGCAGCAGACUUGUGGCUCAUGAGAGUGGAUUUUGUGUUUGAGUAUCCUCGUCCCACCAUGCCCAAUGUUAUCUAUAUGGGAGGGUUCCAGUGUAAACCUGCAAAACCUCUGCCUCAACACCUGGAGGACUUUGUCCAGAGUUCAGGGGAACAUGGAGUCAUCAUCAUGUCUCUGGGAACUUUAAUUGCAAAGCUUCCCCAUGUUUUAGUUGAUAAGAUAGCUGCAGCUUUUGCCAAGUUACCCCAGAAAGUCAUCUGGAGGUAUAAAGGUGACAGACCAGCUACUCUGGGCAACAACACUUUACUACUUGACUGGAUACCACAGAAUGACCUGUUAGGACAUCCCAAGAUUAAAGUAUUUGUGGCUCAUGGAGGAACAAACGGUGUUCAAGAAGCAAUCUACCAUGGAGUCCCUAUACUCGGGCUUCCAUUGAUUUUUGAUCAACCUGAUAAUCUAUUAAGAAUCGAAGGAAGAGGAGCAGGGAAGAUAAUUGAUGUGUUUACAAUGAGUGAAGACAUCUUUUUCCAGGGUAUUCAGGAAGUCCUGAACGAGCCCUCCUACAGGAUGAACAUGCAGAGACUCUCCAGGCUGCACAGAGAUAAGCCAGUGAAGCCGCUGGACAACGCCCUCUUCUGGAUAGAGUUUGUCAUGAGACACAAAGGAGCAGCUCACCUGAGAACAGAGUCCUACAAACUGCCCUGGUAUUCCUACCACUCUGUAGAUGUGAUACUCUUCUUAGUUUCGGUCGUGCUGAUUAUUCUCAGUACUUUUGCUGCUUUUAUAAAGUGUCUAUGCUCUAAGCUGUGUCUGAGAACAAAAAAUAAACAUGACUAA